AUGGCUGGAGCUCACACUGGGCAUCUUUAAAGCAUGAAGACGGAAGGCAGCGCGGCGGCUCAAGCGGCACCCUUCGGUGCUCGGAGCCAGAGUUUGAUCGAGGACGCCCGGCGGGAGCGAGUCGGGAGUCCGCCGGGGGCGGACCCGCAGGUUUUUGAGGAGAAGGAGGGCCGGGUCACCCUCAACGUGGUGUUCAACCUCAGCAAUGAGAAGAACGUGGGCUUCUUUAAGACAGGCAAAAUAUUCGAGGUAAUCUCUCCCUUUCCUAACGCGGGUCGGUUCUCCGUGAAAAUCGACAGCCGUGUGAAGUGUUUGUCACCUUUGCAGACCUUCGACGCCAAACUUCUUCACGUGGAGAGCCGGCCGGGCAGGCGGUCCAAGAACGGCACGUCCGAGUUCUUGGAGUUCUUGGUCAAGUGCGAGGUGCACAGCUCCGACUUGGACGUCUUUAUCAACUCGCUGAAAAGAGUGGUGGACAACGUUAGGUCAAUCCCGGAAGAAAAAGUGCCCUGGUUCCCUCGACAGAUAAAGGACCUGGACAGAUGCAACUUGCUGAUAACCAAAUUCGAUCCCGACAUGGACAAGGAGCAUCCGGGCUACACCGACCCGGAAUACAGGAAGCGCCGUGCCUUCAUCUCCGAGCUGUCCUACACGUACAAACAGGGUGACCCGCUGCCCGAGGUGGAGUACACGGCGGAGGAAAUCGCCACAUGGCGGCAGGUGUACAAGAGGCUGCGGAGCGUUUACCCCGAUCUGGCCUGCCGACAGUUCCUGGACGGCCUGCAGCAGCUGGAGAGCCAUUGCGGCUACGGCGAGGAGCGCGUCCCUCAGCUCAGAGACAUUUCCGCCUUCCUCAAAGAAAAAACGGGGUUCCAGUUGCGUCCGGUGGCCGGCCUGCUGUCGGCCAGGGAUUUCCUGGCCAGCUUGGCUUUCCGGGUGUUUCAGUGCACUCAGUACAUCCGCCACGCCUCGGCGCCCAUGCACUCUCCUGAGCCGGACUGCUGCCACGAGCUGCUGGGUCAUAUCCCCAUGCUGGCGGACAAAGAGUUUGCUCAGUUCUCUCAGGAGAUUGGAUUGGCCUCGCUCGGAGCGUCGCAAGAAGACAUUGAGAAAUUAUCCACGCUCUACUGGUUCACCGUGGAGUUCGGCCUUUGCAAACAGAACGGAACGGUGAAAGCCUACGGCGCGGGACUUCUCUCGUCCUACGGAGAACUGGUGUACGCCCUGUCCAACAAACCCGAGUACAAGGCGUUCAAUCCCGAGGAAGCCGCUGUGCAGCCGUACCAGGACCAAAGCUACCAGCCGGUUUACUUUGUCUCGGAAAGCUUUGAGGACGCCAAGAUCCAAUUGCGGAAGUACUCGACGACCAUUAAACGACCCUUUGCCGUGCGCUACGAGCCAAUUACGUGCAGCGUGGAAGUUCUGGAUGGGCCCAGUAAGAUCCAAAACGCCUUGCGCAAGACACGAGAUGACCUGAGGAUGUUGCAGAGCGCCUUGGACAAACUCGGCUCCUCCUGAGGAAACUUGACCGGGGCGUUCAAAAUACCGUGU